AUGCCUGGCAUCCCGCCGUGGGUCACGCAGCUGCUUUGGGCUGGUCACGCCGGCCGGCCCGUCUGCUGCCACCCGAGCCCGCGCUCGCCGCUCUGCAGCAGCGUCCCAGGCCUGGCGUGCGCGUAUUUCCAUGUUGCGCGGCUGCACCGCUGGCACACCGUCUCGUCGUCGGCGUGGGGCAGGCAGCGCAUCGCAAGGCUCGCUACCACCGGCUCUGCAGACAGCGGCGCGCGUGCCAGGCUGCCAGGCCGACGCUGUGCCCGCUUGGGCCGCGGCAGGGAGCCGACGGUGACGGCAGGGAGGCGGCCGGUGCUGGGUGAUAUUAACAACGGCACGCCUUCCUUGGGCCGUUCUAGUGGCCCUCUGCCGUCUUCCCAAAAACUCGCCCUCGCCCUCCCUCGGGUCUUCGCCUCCAGAGUGUCGGAUCCUGACCUCCCCACUGCGCCCGCGACAUCGCCAUCUCGAGUCCACGCCCACCACGCCGCCGCCCGCCGCCUCGGCGCAUCACCUCUGCUGCGCUGA